AGAACGCAAGGCCAAGCCGCUAGCAUAGAAUUCACUGUUGACCCUGGCUUUUAUCGUCAACUUGAAAUUGACGAUUCCAGAACGUUUCAAGAACUUUGGAAGGCUUGAAGUGAGGCGCGCAUAGAAUGGCUGGUUGUUAUUUGCUGCAAGGCCUAUAGCACUGCUAGGCUGUAUCGUGAUGUCAGCCCAACCUGUAGUCAGGUGCACUAAGGUCACUACAUACUGCGUCAGCUCUCUCGACUCUCGAGGUCAGUACUACUUACACGUGAUCAGUGGCUACUCGGAACUUCUCGGAACACGUAAGCGCGAGGGCCUACAUAGGCACCGCACGACCGAGAACUUUUCUAACUCGUAACGUGGUCUCGCAAAAUGGUCCCCUCACAGACCUCGGAGGGUUCGAGAUCAGUGUCUACGGGCGUUACACUGCAAGUUAAUAUGUGGUACCCGAGACCGGAGCUAGAUUCCAAGAAACUGGCGAUCCUCUUGCAUCCCUGGUCGUGGCUUGGGGGCAACAUGUAUGAACCGACUCUGAAGGUACUCACUAGAUUAUUGCAACACAAAAACUACUACGUGAUACGGUAUAAUUCCCGAGGUGUCGGCAAGUCCAGUGGAUGGCCUUCCCUCACAGGCAAAGCGGAAGGCGAGGAUCUCAAGGCUCUCGUGCAGGAGUUCUUGGCAGAGAAACCCGAAGUUGAUUCUUUGACGGUUAUUGGAUAUUCGUAUGGCUCUUUGAUAGCCUCGCUCCAUCCUGUUUUGAACCCCAGAGUGAAGACAUCACACAUACUGCUAUCCUACCCCAUCAGCCCAAGAGGAUUACUGACUAUGUUCCACACUGGCAUGUACAGUUUGGCAUUACGUGACAUCUUGUGCAACCCUGAUGCCAGACUACUCCUCAUAUACGGAGAUGAGGACGAGUUCACGAGCAAGUCGAAAUAUGACGAGUGGGUUGAUACACUCAGGCGAACAGAUGGGUUGAAGGCUAGGUUUGAUGUUAUUCCGGUGAUGGAUGCGAACCACUUCUGGCAAAGUGACGGAGCUAGAAUUGCGUUACAGCAGGCUGUUGACAGCUGGAUAUCAUGAUUGGUUCUGAUCAUGUCAAUCGCUGCUUCUAUAUGUUUUGUCUUGUACUACCAUUAAUACCGCAUGUCUUGUCGUCCUUGUUUUCGUUAUUUGCCUAGCAAUAUAUUUGGUGCUACCAAAAUCGGAUCGA